GUCUAUGUCAUGGGAGCCUGUGCCUUUGGCAUGGCCUUCUAUAUGUCCGCACUCGGCGUAUCGCUAUACAAAGCAAAAGAUGUAGAAACCGACUACUCGCCUUCCGCACAACGCGACGUCGCCAGUGUCUACGAUACAACAGCAGGAGGAUUCGAUGCCGAGGUCAACUUUACUGAAAGAGUCGGAGGCGUGAUAAAAGCACGGAAAGAGAUGUCUGCCAUGGUCAAGGGCCAUGUGCUAGAGGUCAGCUGUGGCACGGCAAGAAAUCUGGGCUACUACAGCUUCGACAAGAUCAAGAGUUUGACUCUGAUUGACCUCAGUCCGCAGAUGGUUCAAGAGGCACGGAAGAAAUGGAACAUUCUGAAUCCUGGCAAGGCUGCUGAGAACGUGCCUAUCAGGUUCCUGCAAGGCGAUUGCGUUGGAGAGAUGCCUGAGCCACCAGUCACUCAGAAUGCUGCGAAGAAGAGCGGAACCACUUUCACACCAGGUCUGACCAAGGGUUACGACACGAUAGUACAGACCAUGGGUCUCUGUAGUACAGCACAGCCUGUGGAGCUGCUUCAGAACUUGUCGAAACACCUCAAUCAAUCCAACCCGGACGCCAGAAUCUUGCUCCUCGAACAUGGUCGCAGCUACAUUGAAUGGAUGAACAAGCUCUUGGACAGACAUGCGCCCCAACACGCCGACAAACAUGGUUGCUGGUGGAACAGGGACAUCGGCCAAAUCAUCGAAGACAGCGGACUCGAAGUCGUCAAAGAACGUAGGAAACAGUUUGGAACCGUUUGGAUUUUUGAGCUGAAACCCAAACCGGUGAUACAAAGC